GAGUUUCCUCAGACGAUGACCCCCUGGUAGCAUUACCACCACGACAGGGUCGGUAAGGACCAAAGGCUCUAAUUUGAGAAGUGUUACAUCACCAAGGGCUCAGCAAGCUACGAGUUCCUGGGGUGGCUACCAGAACCCUCCACCAUGCUCUUGGACACGAGUCUUUUUGGAUCUUUGUUAUUCAAAUCCUCCGCCCGCUUCAUGACUCGCUCUUCGGCCCAGGCGUCUGACAGUCAGCAAGAUAUGGCGAAUCCCACUUGUGGGUGACCUCAGGUAGGGGAGGCAUCAGAUGGAUCAUGUUCGGAUAUAAUGGUAUAAGAACCACGAGGAGAUCUCUGUUGCUGAGAUGUUUAAAACGACCCUCUCCCCCUGUCGCUCCAAGUCUCACCCUAUCUUUUUCACACCAGGGUUGCUUAUAGGGACCUCGUAUACCGGCCGAAUUUUGCCAGAGAAAAACCAUGGCUGUCUUCUCUGUAGUAGACCUGCUAUCCGUUCUCGCGGCGGCCAAUGUCGUCUAUUUCAUUGGCCUGGCCAUCUAUCGACUUUACUUCCACCCUCUCGCCAAAUAUCCCGGACCUCUACUGUGGAAACUGACACAAUGGCCCGAGGCAAGAUCCGCCUGGGCGGGAAGAAGACACAUUGACCUACAGCUGCUGCACGAGCAAUACGGCGACAUCGUGCGCUUCGGGCCCGACAAACUGUCCUUCCGCACCGCGCAGGCCCUCAACGACAUCUACACGGACCGCCGGGCCAACAUGAUCAAGACGGGCUGGACACACACGGGCGAGACGAUCAACCCGGGGAUCACGACGCACAUACUUUCGGACCGGCAGCUGCACGCCGCGCGGAGGAAGCUGCUCAACAACGCCUUCUCGGAGCGCGCCAUGAACAGCCUGGACAAGUACAUGCUCGAGCGCAUCCGGGACUGGUGCGCCUACCUCGGCCAGGGCAGCAGCGACACCAAUGGUGAUGCAGAGAAACCUGCUGCUGCCACCGGCGCGGCGGCGACAUGGGGCAAGGAGCGCGACAUGGGCCAGUGGUCGACGCUGUUGACGAUCGACGUGCUGGGCGAGCUGUGCUUCGGGGCGAGCUUCAACGCGAUGAAGAACGGGGCGUGCUACAUCAUGGACCUGCUCCUGGCGAGCGCGCGGUUCCAGCAGCAGGUGGCCUUCCUCCCGGUGCGCGAGCUGCUCUUCCCGCUGAUGAAGCCGGCGCCGCUGGCGCGGAUCGGGCGGCUGGUCGGGUCGCAGAACCUGCUCAACAAGGUGCGCUUCCGGCAGGACGUGGGCGUGUACGUGGAGCGGCGGUUCGCGGUCGAGAAGGCGGACGCCGACAAGGCCGAGGACGACCGGCGCCGCGACUUCUUCUACUACCUGCUGCACGCCAAGGACCCGCAGACCGGCGCCAGCUUCCUGCCCAAGGACCUGGUGGGCGAGGCUGCCCUGCUGAUCGGGGCCGGCAGCGACACCAGCUCGACCGCCAUGUCAGCGCUGUUCUUCUACCUGCUCCGCAACCCGCCCGCGCUCGCCAAGCUGCAGGAAGAGGUGCGUGGCGCGUUCGACACCGUCGAGGACAUCCGCUACUCGGCGCGGCUGACGGGCUUGCCGUACCUGCGCGCCUGCAUCGACGAGGCCAUGCGCAUGUCGCCGCCCGUGCCGGGCCUGCUGGACCGGCUGGUGCUGGCGGGCGGUGCGACAAUCGACGGCCACGCCGUGCCCGCGGGCACCACUGUCGGCGUGCCCAUCUACGCCAUCCACCACAACGAGCGCUACUUCCCCAACUCGUACGCGUACAUCCCCGAGCGCUGGAUCGCGGGCGCCGAGUCGUCGCGUGAGGCCGGCUUCGCCGUCACCCCGACCUCCGUCGAGGUCGCCCGCUCCGCCUUCCACGCCUUCUCUUCCGGCCCCCGCGGCUGCGUCGGCAAGAACAUGGCCUACAUGGAGCUGCUGACCGCCGUCGGCCGCGUCAUGUUCCUCUACGACGUCCGCCUCAAGCCCGGCGACCACACCGGCGAGGGCGGCGCUCUCCCAGAGAAGGGCCGCGAGAGGGCCGCGGAGUACCAGCUGACCGACUGGCUGAUCAGCGACCGCCAGGGCCCCGUCGUGCAGUUCAAGCCUAGGGAGGGUGUGGUGGUGUGAUUGCUUGUCUCUCAUUCACUCCCCUCUCCUCUCCUACCAUUUUGCCGCUCUAUUUCUUCUCCCUGUGGUGUUUGACCGGUACGAAGCGGUCUUGACGGAGACUCCUUUUGGUCUGGAGAAGGCGUAUAUAUAUGGGAAGGCGAUAUGGGAGUUUUUUUUUUGCAUCAUCUCUCAACGACCUUUUUUAUCUAUGUGGACUUUUCUCCUUUUGGGGGGCAUCUGCGUGCGUGUAUUGUUAUUGUAUUGUAUCCAGCGAGCUGUACAAGGAUCCUGGAGAGGAGAUGGUCUGAUCAGCAGAAGGUGCAGACGGGCUACACACAUGCAGACAGACGGGGUGGGCGACGAAACAGACAGACAGGCCGGUGGAAUGGGAAUCCACAAGCUAUCAAACAAGCAUAGAAUGAAAUGAAAUGAAGAGCAUGAUAGACCAAUCAUCCCACAGAUACCUACGAUAACCAUGAU